AUGGAUCGCUACAAGAACAUCGCCGCCGACCUUCAAGGCCUGAAUGCUUACCGCUACUCGCACAACAUCACGGGCGGCAAUCAAGAGUUCAUGGAAGCGCUUAGCUUCCAGCAUUACCUUGAAACACAAUCACUGAUCUCGUACAAUGAAGCCAAGGCCCGUAUCGCUGCUAUGAGCGGCGAAGCUGGACCUAUCUCCUUUACGCCAGAAGACUACAUUCUCGGUGUCUGCGAUAUGACUGGCGAGCUGAUGCGCUUCUCUGUCACGAGCAUGGCGACAAACGGCAAACUUCCGUCUGGCAAGCAAGCAGAGGCGAACAAAAGGCUGAAGCAAGGCAAUGGCCAAGACGAUGCUGGCGACAAGAUGGACAUCGACGAGGAAGCAUCAGUUGCGAAUGAAAGCCAGAAGCCGCGGACUGUCUUGGAUGACCUGAGGGCGAUCCGGCUGCAGCUCGAGAUGUUCGACGCACCGGGAGGGUCCAAGUUUGCAGCAGAGUUGGAGACGAAGAAGAUGCCCGUGAUGCGCGAGUGCGUGGACAAGGUAGAGAAGGGUCUCUAUGGUUUGACUGUGCGUGGAAACGAGCGUCCCAAGGGCUGGAUGCCAGAUAUGAGCAGUGCCAGGGAGGUAGAAAGUUACUGA